UCCCUUUAUAAACAGGCGCUGGGCUGGGGUUGGGGAUUGCUGUACUGCGGAAAGCGCUGUGGUUGGAGACUAGCAGGAGCAGGGACCCGGGACCCCACCAGCCUCCGGGAUGGGCAGUGCCUACGAGCCCUUCAGCCCGUCGCGCAAGCCCUGGGACGAGUACCGCCGCCCCGGCAAGGCGAGCAUGCCGCCGGCCGGCCCGUACUCGGGGCACCGGGGCGCCGUCCCGAAGCGCUCGGCCAGGGCUAGCCCGCUGCUGCUGCUGCCGCCGCCGCCUGACCGCCUGGACCUGUCGCAGGUGAGCAGCCUGAACGCCGAGCUGCUGACCCUGAGGGCGCAGGAGAGGGAGCAGCUGGUGGACCUGAACGACCGCUUCGCCAGUUACAUCGAGAAGGUCCACCUGCUGGAGCAGCGCAACAAGGUGCUGCUGGUGGAGCUGGAGGCCCUGAGGCAGAAGCAGAGCGACCCGUCCCGGCUCCACCUCAUCUACGAGCAGGAAAUCCGCGCCCUGCGGGCUCUGCUGGACUCGGAGAGCGGCGACAGGGCCAGGAUGGAGGCGGACAGGGACCACCUGAGGGAGGUCUACACCCAGGUGAAGGACAGGUACCAGCAGGAGGUGAGGCGCCGGCUGGAAGCCGAGGACCAGCUGCAGAGGGCGAGGGAGGGCGCGGACCGCGCCGUGCUGGCCAGCAGCGACCUGGAGGGUAGCGUCGGCUCGCUGCUGGAGGAGAUCGCCUUCCUGAGGAAGGUGCACGGCCAGGAGAGCGCCGAGCUGGCCUCGCAGGUGCGGGCCGCCCACCUGACGGUGGAGGUGGACCUGGCCAAGCCCGACCUGUCGCUGGCCCUGCGGGAGAUCCGCGCCCAGUACGAGAAGCUGGCCCAGAAGAACAUGCAGGCGGCCGAGGACUGGUACCGGGCCAAGUUCGCCAGCGUCAGCGAGACGGCCAGCCGCAACAGCCAGGCGGUGCGCUCCAUCCGCGAGGAGACCGCCGAGUACCACCGGCUGCUGCAGUCCCGCGGCUCCGAGAUCGACGGGCUGAAGGGCGUCGUCGACUGCCUGCACAAGCAGCUGGAAGACCUGGAGGAGAGGCAGGGCAAGGAAGUGCGCAAGUACCAGGAGAGGAUCAGUGAGCUGGAGAAAGAAAUCAAUGACGCCAAACAAGAGAUGGCUCGUUACCUGAGGGAAUACCAGGACCUCCUCAAUGUCAAGAUGGCUCUAGAUAUUGAGAUUGCAGCUUACAGGAAACUGCUGGAGGGUGAGGAAUUCAGACUGAGCUUCUCCUCACUGCAGCCCUACAGCUAAGGCCAUCAGCCUGCUGAAGAUUGAAGAUGUAGUUCCAUAGCUGACAACACAGAGCAGUCAUUAGCCAUUGCACCCUCGCCUGUGGUUGUCCUAAAUUCCCUGCAUCCCUUCCAUAUUCAGUGACCACUCACAGCUGCAGCUACUGAGAACUGCUGACCCAACCCCUAACCUCACACUGAUCUUGCCCUGACCCCUGACCAAAGCACUCCACUAACCCCAACCCAACACUAACCCUGACCCCAACACUUUACUGACCCCUGACCUGGACCCCGCAGUUCUGACCCCACACUGACCCUGAACAAUAAACCAAAUUCUGAGCGUACAGAAGUGUCGAUGUGUGCACGUGUGUUUAAGCACUGACCAGAUUUGAAUGUUCCAGUUUGAGAUGGAAUAGGAUGCUAGUAUUGGCCUGGGGAUUGGUCUCAGUGUUCUCAUCCCACCCAAUGAGUGACCCAUUGGCCCAAAUUUGGGAAGGAAGCCUUUUGUCCUGUGCCCUACUUUGGCCCUCUGGUGCCCUGACCCCAUGCCCACUCCCGCACCCUCUCCCAUUCUCCGAGGGGUUACUGAGGGUUUUUGUCAAUCUGACGCUGCCUCAUGCUAGAGACUGAUGUGAGUCUGAUCUAUGCUGGAGUCUCUUGGGUGGAACUGAAUAAUUCCAUGUCCACAGGGAAUACUGUGUGCCCUCGGAAUCAGAGUGUGACCCCACUGAGAGGGGUUCGACUCCAGGGGGGAAAAAGGACCAAUCACACAGCUGGCCUGAGCCAAGGGGUCAGAGUCAGAGGGUCAAAGCAUGAGUGAGAGGAAAGGAGUGUCAGAGACACGUGUACGCACACACGCAGCAUUAGACUGACAACACUGAGGAGACAUAGAGGGAGAGAAGAAGAGUAAUAGAGACAGAGAGAGGCAUGGAGAAUGACAGUGUGACAGAGACAGAGAAAGACAGUGAUGGAGAAAGAGGAUGACAAAAGCCGAGAGUGACAGAGACCAACAUAGAGGUACAGAGAGUGAGACACAGAAACAGAGACAUAGAAAGUGAUAGAGCGAGACAGAGGUAACAGAUAUAGAAAAACAGAAAAUAAUGGAGAUGGAGAGACAGUGAUAGAGAAAAUAACAGAUCAGUGAAAUUGGUCAAAGGGGAUUUGAUUUGUUGUUGCCACAUAUACCUAAGUACAGUGAAAAGCUUUGUUUUGUGAGUAGUACAGGCAGAUCAUAGCAAACAGGGACAUACAGAUCAUAGAUAGCAGGAACUGCAGAGGCUGGAGAAUCAGCGAUAACAAGGUGUGGAGCUGGAUGAACACGGCAGGCCAAGCAGCAUCAGAGGAGUAGGAAAGCUGAUGUUUCGGGCCUAGACCCUUCAGAAAUGGGGGAGGGAAAGAGGGUUCUGAAAUAAUUAGGGAGAGGCGGAUAGAAGAUGGAUAGAGGAGAAGACAGGUGGACAGAAGACAAACGGGUCAGAGGUGGGGUUGGAGCCAGUAAAGGACAGUGUAGCUAGGGAGUUGGGAUGGGGAUUGGUCAGUGAAGAGGGAAGGGCGGGUAGGUGGGAGAGAAGAUGGACAGGUCAAGGAGGCGGGGAUCAGACAGGCUGGGCUGGUUCUGGGAUGCAGUAGGGGGAGGGGAGAGGCUGGGC